AUGGAAAACUCCGUCGUAGUCCGCCGUGAAACCAAUGGAGACGACGUUGAUGGAGAAGCCGAACGAGAAGCCGUCUUCGCACAACUCAAAGUUUUUUCCCUGGAGCUUCUCAGCCUAUCGCAAAACCCUCAAAAGGAUCCAUCCACGGUCCCUGCGUUGCUCCACCUCCUCCGCCGUUCUCCUCCGUCCUCUCUCCAGUCCUUCUUCCACUACACUUUGUUCCCGUUGCUUCUUCAUCUAGACGCUGCAGUAGCUUGCAGAAGUCAGGGGAACAAUCAGCCGGCGGAAUUUCCGAAAACGCCUCAUAGAGUGAGUGAUAAAGUAGCAGAAGGUGUAAUCAAUUGCCUUGAAGAACUUCUAAAGAAAUGCCACAUCGGAUCCGUCGAUCAGAUGGUUGUGAUUAUGAAGAAGUUAACUAGUGCUGCUGUUUUAACGCCAUCUGAGGCUGCUGAAGAGUUUCGCGAAGGGAUCGUCAAAUGUUUUCGAGCAAUGAUCUCUGGUCUGCAUCCAUGCUCUAAUGUUUCUUGCUCAUGUAAACGCACUUUUGGAUGGCCUCAGCUGUCAGAUCGAAGAGAUUUUCAAACUCAAGUUUCAGAGUCUUUAGAAACGCGAGAAUGCUUGGUUGCGUUUCUUCAGUCUCAGACUGCUUUGGCUGCUGUGGGUCAUUGGCUUUCCAUUCUUCUCAAAGUGGCUGAUGCUGAGGCUUCUCGAGGACAACGAGGAAGUGCGAACCUUCGUGUUGAAGCCUUUCUGGCCUUUCGCGUACUUGUGGCUAAGAUUGGUACUGCUGAUGUGUUGGCGUUUUUUCUACCUGGUGUUGUUAGCCAAAUUGCCAAAGUGUUGCAUGUUUCGAGAGCAAUGAUAAGUGGAGCUGCAGGAAGUGUUGACGCAUUAGACCAAGCAGUUAGAGGUUUGGCCGAGUUUCUUAUGAUAGUCCUAGAGGAUGAGGCUAAUUCAUCGGCCCUCGACGUUUCUGAUUAUGAUUCUAAGUCUCAGAAGCAUGAAUCUGCACACUCGAUUUUGGAUGAACUUCGUUCUUUGACUACAAAAUCUCAAGGGCAGGGUGAUGAGAUGGCAGAAAGUACAAGCCAAGAAAUUGUUAAAACCAUCUACGUACAUGAAAAGUCCAAUCUGAAUCCGAGUCGGGACUCCUUUCAUGUUGAACGUACAAAGGAGUGGUUAGAGAGCACUACAUCUCACGUGAAUAAGCUGUUGUGUGAGACAUUUCCUCAUAUUCUUAUUCACCCAGCCGGAAAAGUUAGAUGGGGAUUUCUAGCUGCAAUACGUGGAUUGCUAUCUAAGAGCUCUCGUUCCUUGAAGGGUGCUAGAUUAGUGAUGUUGGAAUGUGUAUGUACUCUGGUUGUUGACGAUUCCGAUGAAAUAUCUGUAGCAGCCCAGGAAUUUCUCGAUCAUCUAUUCUCUGAACGUGCAAAAUAUCACGUAGAGAGUGAUAUAACCAAGAUCUUUAGCAGACUACUUGAGAGGCUUCCAAAAGUGGUUUUGGGGAAUGAGGAAUUGCCUGCACUUUCGGUGGUGAAGCAGUUACUUGUCGUCACUUAUUAUUCUGGCCCUCGAUUUUUGGCAGAUCAUCUUCAGUCUCCCAUAACAGCUAGCAGAUUCCUGGAUAUAUUUUCCUUGUGUCUGAGCCACAACUCAGCAUUCACUGGCUCUCUUCAGAAACUCAUCGCAGAAAGGCCUUCAUCAUCGACAGGUUACCUCCACUCCAUCACAGAACUGAAUGUGGGAUUUCGGAAGACCAGUUACAAUCGCACCGUUCCAAAAAUCACUGAAUCAGAUCAAGGAAAAUUGGAGACAUCUUCCCCCACUAGCUAUAUGUUACCUUGCAUGCCUCCUUGGUUCUCUCAUGUUGGUAGUCAGAAGCUCUACGAAAUGCUUGCUGGAAUCCUUAGACUUGUAGGUUUAUCCUUAAUGGCAGGACUUGAAAACGAAGGGCGUUUAGCAGUCAUCCUGGAUGUUCCUCUGGGGCUCUUUCGUAAAUUGGUUUCUGAUGUUCGUGUAAAAGAGUAUAAUGGAGAAGCCUGGCAAACUUGGUGUAAUCGAACUGGUUCAGGACAGUUAGUUCGCCAGGCAGCAACUGCUGCUUGUAUCUUGAAUGAGAUGAUUUUCGGUCUAUCGGAUCAAGCAACGAAUGCUCUCUCAAGACUGCUUCAGAAGUCGAGAAAAGGAAGAGACAAACUAUCUUGGGAAAUCUCAUGGAACAAACGUGCAAAAACUCAUCUGAUUGAUUGUGUUGGCAAAAUCUUGCACGAAUACCAAUCCUCUGAAGUGUGGGAUCUCCCCGUGGACCAAAAGACAGCUCCUGGGCAAACCGAUACCGAUGUUCCACAUAUUAGUCUGCAUUUCUUGAGGGAUACUGCAAUGCUACACCAAGUAAUAAUAGAAGGAGUUGGUGUGUUUUCCUUGUGCCUUGGGAAAGAUUUUACGUCAAGUGGAUUUCUUCACUCUUCGCUUUACCUUCUGCUUGAGAGUCUUACUUGCUCGAGCUUCCAAGUUAGAAACGCUUCAGACGCUGUCCUACGUCUUCUUGCUACCACCUCAGGCCAUCCCACAGUAGGGCAUCUGGUUGUAGCAAAUGCGGAUUACGUUAUUGACUCUAUUUGUCGUCAGCUGCGCCACCUGGAUCUCAAUCCUCAUGUCCCAAAUGUACUCGCUGCUAUGCUUUCUUAUAUCGGAGUUGCUCAUGAGAUUUUGCCAUUGUUGGAGGAACCGAUGCGAUUGGUUUCCCAAGAACUAGAAAUUGUUGGUAGACAAGAGCAUCCAAAUCUAACUUUACCCUUCUUGAAGGCUGUUGCCGAGAUUGUAAAAGCGUCAAAGAACGAGGCUUGUCUAUUACCAGACCGAGCCAAGUCAUAUCGUGACCAUGUGAAGACCAAAGCAACUGAUGCGAUAACAUCGUGGCAAGAGAAAGGCUCAGAUUCUUACAAUAAACUUAACGACGAGGAAGAAUGGGAAAAGAUACUGCUUGAACUGAAUCGUUCCAAACGAUACAGACGCACAGUUGGAUCGAUCGCCUCUUCAUGUUUAAUUGCAGCCAUGCCUCUCCUUGCAUCAUCAAACCAAGCCUCAUGCUUAGUUUCCCUCAACAUAAUCGAGGACGGUGUAUUGGCGCUGGCUAAAGUUGAGGAAGCUUAUCGAGCUGAGACAGAAACCAAAGAAACAAUGGAGGAAGUCAUUGAAUUUGCUUCGUUCUAUCAGCUUAAAGACUUCAUGAAUGUUACUGACGAUGGAGCAGACGAGAACCGGCUUUUACCCGCUAUUAACAAAAUCUGGCCGUUCUUUGUUUCUUGCAUACGAAAUAGAAAUCCUGUGGCUGUGCGGAGGUGCUUAACCGUGAUUCCUCGAGUCAUUCAAACAUCUGGAGGGGAUUUCUUCACCCGUCGUUUCCGCAAUGAUGGCCCAGACUUCUGGAAGCUUUUAACCACAUCUCCCUUCCACAUUAUGACGGCUAAAAACCUCCGGGAAGACAAUAAAUCGGUUCUUCGGCUUCCUUACAGAACCGUAUCUGAAUCUCCCGAGUCAUCUUCUUCUGAGGUUUCUAGCUUGAAAGUGCAGGCUGCACUUCUCGAUAUGAUCGCAGAGCUUUCCAGAGACAAACGCAGCUUUUCAGCGUUAGAUGCAGUCUUGAAGAAAGUUGCGGGAUUGGUGGUUGGGAUCGCUUGCAGCGGCGUAACUGGGUUAAGAGAAGCGGCUUUGAAUGCAUUGAGAGGUUUAGCGUGCAUCGAUCCUGAUCUCAUAUGGAUUCUCUUAGCCGAUGUGUAUUAUUCUCUCAAAAAGAAGAAAGAUUUGCUGCCUCUUCCACCGUCUCCGGAAUUUCCUGAAAUCUCUAUGGUUUUGCCUUCACCACUGCCGGAAGUUUCUCCAGCGAGGUUUCUCUACGUCGAAUACGGUGGUCGGAGCUAUGGUUUUGAGGUGGAGUUUAGCUCCGUUGAGACCAUCUUCAAGAAAAUGCAGUCUCUUGUCUUUGUAGACCAAAUGUAUUGUUGA